AUGGAGGAGAUCCGAGUCCCACAGAUCAAGAAGCCUCGCAAGAGCACGACUGCCCAGGGAGGCCAACUACAAAGGCUAUCUCACCAUCCACCCAGCAACCAUGGUGCAGUUGCCAUGGUUUGCCACAGCAACAAGCCCGCAGGCUCCACCGGCAGCCAGCUAUGCCAGACCAGACUGAGCCCCGGAGUACACCAGGAGAGCUUAGCGCUUCCCAGUGGUCAGGUCUCCCAGCAGACUGAAACAGACCUGGACUCCACAUUUAUGCUGCUGGAGGACGACAUCAUCACUUUUGUGAAGAACGAGCUGAAGAAGAUUCAAACGUUUCUGAGUUCAGAUUACCCAGAAGGCUUAGAGAGUCAGGUGGAGGAUGAUGAGCAGAGGAGCAGAAGCAGAGUGUCAGUUGUGAAGAUCACACUGGACUUCCUGAGGAGGAAGAAGCAGGGGAAGCUGGCUGACCGUCUGCAUAGAACAUCCAGGAAACCAGACAGACCAGAAAAAACAAUCCGACGUGAAGACAUCUUUAAAGCCUCACCUGGAAGAGAUGAACCAAUCAGAACAGUGCUGACAAAGGGAGUGACUGGUAUUGGGAAAACAAUCUUAAUACAAAAGUUCAGUCUGGACUGGGCUGAAGGCAAAGCCAACCAGGACAUCCAGUUCAUAUUUCCAUUCACUUUCAGAGAGCUGAAUGUGCUGAAAGAGGAAAAGUUCAGCUUGGUGGAACUUGUUCAUCACUUCUUUACUGAAACCAAAGAAGCUGGAAUCUGCAGCUUUGAAGACUUCCAGGUUGUGUUCAUCUUUGAUGGUCUGGAUGAGUGUCGACUUCCUCUGGACUUCCACAAAAAUGAAAUCCUAACUGACCCUAGAAAGCCCACCUCAGUGGAUGUGCUGCUGACAAACCUCAUCAGGGGGAAAUUGCUUCCCUCUGCUCGCAUCUGGAUAACCACACAACCUGCAGCAGCCAAUCAGAUCCCUCCACAAUGUGUUGAUAUGGUGACAGAGAUCAGAGGGUUCACUGAUCCACAGAUGGAGGAGUACUUUAGGAAGAGAUUCAGAGAUGAGGAGAAGGGAAGCAGAAUCAUCUCCCACAUCAAGACAUCACAAAGCCUCUACAUCAUGUGCCACAUCCCAGUCUUCUGCUGGAUCACUGCUACAGUUCUGGAGGAUGUGCUGCAAACCAGAGAGGGAAGACAGCUACCCAAGAGCCUGACUGAGAUGUACAUCCACUUCCUGGUGGUUCAGGCCAAAGUGAAGAAGGUGAAGUAUGAUGAAGGAGCUGAGACAGAUCCACACUGGAGUCCAGAGAGCAGAAGGAUGAUUGAGUCUCUGGGAAAACUGGCUUUUGAUCAGCUGCAGAAAGGAAACCUGAUCUUCUAUGAAUCAGACCUGAUAGAGUGUGGCAUUGAUAUCAUAGCAGCCUCAGUUUACUCAGGAGUGUUCACACAGAUCUUUAGAGAGGAGAGAGGACUGUACCAGGACAAGGUGUUCUGCUUCAUCCAUCUGAGUGUUCAGGAGUUUCUGGCUGCUCUUUAUGUCCAUCUGACCUUCAUUAACUCUGGGGUCAAUGUGCUAGAAGAACAACAAACAACCUCCCAGAAGUUCAAAAGAAGUCAAUCUUUUGACAUGCUCAUUUUUUUCCAGAGUGCUGUGGAUAAGGCCAUACAGAGCCCAAAUGGACACCUGGACUUGUUCCUCCGCUUCUUCCUGGGUCUUUCACUGCAGACCAAUCAGACUCUCCUGAGAGGUCUUCUAACACAGACAGGAAGUAGCUCACAAACCAAUCAGGAAACAGUCCAGUACAUAAAGGAGAAGCUCAGUGAGAAUUUGUCUGCAGAGAAAAGCAUCAAUCUGUUCCACUGUCUGAAUGAACUGAAUGACCGUUCUCUAGUGGAGGAGAUCCAACAGUCUCUGAGAUCAUCAGAAAAAGAUCUGGAUGUGUUUGACUUAAAGAAAUUCUCUGCUUCAGAGGAGCCUCUUCUGAGGCUGCUGCCAGUGGUCAAAGCCUCAAACAAAGCAUUACUUAGCACCUGUAACCUCUCACAGAGAAGCUGUGAAGCUCUGUCCUCAGUUCUCAGCUCCCAAUCCUCACGCCUGAGAGAGCUGGACCUCAGUAACAACAUCUUACAAGAUUUAGGAAUGAAGCUUCUAUCUUCUGGACUGAAGAGUCCAAAUUGUAAACUGGAGACUCUGAGACUGACUGGCUGUUUCCUCUCGGAGAAAAGCGGUGAAGCAAUCUCCUCAGUUCUCAGCUCCCAGUACUGUAAACUGAGAGAGCUGGACUUAAGUAACAACAACCUGCAAGAUUUAGGAGUGAAGCUUCCAAAUUGUAAACUGGAAAUUCUGAGACUAAGCAGCUGUUUCCUCUCAGAGAGAAGUGGUUACGCAAUUUCCUCAGUUCUCAGCUCCCAGGCCUCACGACUGAGAGAGCUGGACCUGAGUAACAACAACAUACAAGAUUCAGGAGUGAAGCUUCUGUCUGCUGGACUGAAAAGUCCACAUUGUAAACUGGCAACUCUGAGACUGAGUGCCUGUAACCUCUCACAGAGAAGCUGUGAAGCUCUGUCCUCAGCUCUCAGCUCCCAAUCCUCUAGCCUGAGAGAGCUGGACCUGAGUGAAAACGACAUAGAGGAUGCAGGAGUUAAGCUUCUGUCUGUUACACUGAACAGUACACAUUGUAUCCUGGAAACUCUGAGUCUGUCAGGCUGUCUGAUCACAGAGGAAGGCUGUAGUUCUCUGGCUUCAGCUCUGAGCUCCAACCCCUCCCAUCUGAGAGAGCUGGACCUGAGCUACAAUCAUCCAGGCUCCUCAGGAAUUAACGUGCUGUUGGCUGGACUUAAGGAUCCACACUGGAGACUGGACACUCUGAGGUAUGGAGAGAAUGUCUGA